GAUAGAGGCACUUCUUACGUCCCAAAACUGAAGCCGCUGAAGUGGAAGCUUCCCUUCUCUCUUUGCUUCUCUCUCAAAGAAACUCUAUAAAUUCUUGAAGGCCCAGCUUUCUCUCGCUAUCUCUCAGAAAAGAAACAAUCCUUUUUCUUUGUUAUCCCUCUCUCUCUCUCUCUCUCUCUCCUUUUUCCGCUGAUGGGGUUUCCAGUUGGGUAUUCAGAGGUUUUCUUACCAAAGUUGUUUGUACACACACUUUCCUUUCUGGGUUUUAUCAGAAACCUCAUUUUGUGUCUUUUCAACUAUCUGGGGUUGUCAGGUUUUCUUGAAACAGACAAUAUUUGGCCCGACAACCCGAUCCGAAUGUCCUGCUACCCGCCUCUAUCAGCUGCCUUUAUCCGGGAAAUCUUGCCUGUCAUCAAGUUCGAGGAUUUGGUUACCGGGGAUGGUGGUUGUUGUGACUUGGCGGGGCGUUGUGCUGUUUGGUUGUAUGAGUUUGUGGGAGAGGAUGAGAUCAGGUGGUUGAAGAAUUGUAAGCACAUUUUUCACAGGGCUUGUUUGGACCGUUGGAUGGAUCAUGAUAGGAAAACGUGUCCACUUUGCAGGAACUCGUUUGUGCCUGAUGAGAUGCAGGAAGAGUUUAAUCAACGGUUAUGGGCUGCAAGUAAUGAUGUUAGUGAUUUUUACUGUGAGUAGAGUUCACUAUCAGUUUUCCAUGGAGCUUUUUUUUUUUUUUUGGUGGUUUCAUUAUUAAUU